UUAACCACUUCCCGUACGGUCCAUGUAUAUAAACGGCCGGACGGUGGCAGUGCAGGGUCGGGUGGCCAUUUAUAAAUGGCCUCCCCGCCCCCUGCUUGUGCGCCCUCCCUGGGAGUGCGCAGCACCACGAUCCGGAGCCCGCUGUGUCCACACAGUGGAACACAAAUUAUCGUACGGGACCUCUGUGCGAGGUCCCGAUUAUGUGAUCACUGAGUGGCCAAUCAGUGAUCACAUGCAGAGUAGUAAGAAAGAUGUCACAGAGAUCACAUGCCUUGUACCAUGUGACAGGCUGUGAGCAAUCACAGCUCACACAGUAUUUCUCAAUGGCUGCAAGAAUGCAGCCAGAGAGAAGGAGAAAUGAUUGCUUUUACAGCCUUUAUGGGUGUAAAACCAAUCAGUGUAAAAAAAUAAA